AUGAAGUUCAAUACUCGUGCAAAUCAGAUGUUAUUUUCUGAUUUGCAAAUUAAUGAGUUGAUGCCAGAUUUUGAUGUUUAUCUUUCAAAUAGCCGGUUUAGAAAGUCUUCCUCUCGUGAUCCAAGUUUUCUACUAUACUUAUCUAGAGGAAUUCACACUAGCAGACACGCUGCUUCAUUGCGUGGCAGUGUGUGUUCGGGUUGGGGGGUUGUAAGGGGUCAUCCAUCAUCUAAAGUAGAGAUUGAAUCUCUUGAGAAACAAUGUGGUGGCAUUCCUUUGAAAAUCUGCCAGCUUAUAGGAUCUGGUGAUGUGCGAGAAAGAUGCAGAAUGGGCUCAGUGACACACAACCAGUACUUGGCUCUAGCCAAACUGAUCAUGAUUUUGAUGUGGGAGCAUGUUAUUGUUGACCAUAGCAAGAAUAUGAAGGCAUUGGCUUAG